GAAGGAAAAAAAAAAAGCAACGCUAAAAUGUUCUAAAGCUCUGUCUCUGUUGUCUCAUCUCUAUCUCUCUUCGUGUACUCGUCAAUACGGAGCUCAUCGGAUAUCAAUUUGUGUUCGGGAAGCCUUUUUUACAACUCCAACCUUCGAUCGCUGACGCUUUCUCUGUUGCUAUAAUCUGAUUCUUGUAGAGAGAGAGAAAAGAAUCAGUGAUCAAAACCCAUCAUCGUCAUGGGACAAGCCUUUCGCAAGCUCUUCGAUGCUUUCUUCGGCAACAGUGAGAUGAGGGCAUCAAUACCUUGUGAACUGUGCGUCCUACACGCUACUUUCUUUGAUGGGAUUGUCAAGGUUGUAAUGCUUGGCCUGGAUGCAGCUGGUAAAACAACUAUUCUGUACAAACUGCACAUUGGAGAAGUUUUAUCCACCGUCCCUACAAUUGGUUUCAAUGUGGAGAAAGUUCAGUAUAAGAACGUAAUGUUCACAGUGUGGGAUGUAGGUGGGCAAGAGAAACUAAGGCCACUAUGGAGGCAUUACUUUAAUAAUACAGAUGGACUGAUCUAUGUUGUGGACUCUUUGGAUCGGGAAAGAAUUGGAAAAGCAAAGGCAGAGUUUCAGGCCAUCAUCAAAGAUCCAUUUAUGCUCAACAGUGUCAUCUUGGUGUUUGCAAACAAACAGGACAUGAAAGGAGCAAUGACACCAAUGGAAGUGUGUGAAGGUCUGGGUCUCUAUGAUCUUAAGAACAGAAAAUGGCAUAUUCAAGGUACUUGUGCUCUUAGAGGAGAUGGCCUUUAUGAGGGCUUGGACUGGUUAGCUAGCACUCUCAAGGAGUUAAAAGCCGCUGGAUACUCCUCAGUGGGCACCUCAUCCUACUGAUUAACAAGGUUUAAUUCAGAUCCCGAUGUUCACCGAUGGAUGAAGCUGAAGAUCAGAAAACAUCUGGAAUUUAAAUGAUUUUUUGAGUUAUGUUUUUAAAGCUAAUGAAAGUUAAUUAGGUGCUUACUUCUGGCUUUCAUUGCCACUUUGAUCUGUGACUCUGUAUAUUGGCACACAGGCCCCAUCUUUCGAGGUUAAUUGGACUCGGGGGAUUUGUCUAUGCUUUGGAUGUCCCCCACGAUACUAAUGUCAUAUAUACAUUUCUAUAUUUGAAGAAUAUAAAGGUGGGUGAGUAGGUUA